AUGUCUACUGACAAGAUUACUUUCCUGACCAACUGGCACGCGACCCCGUACCACGCACCCCUAUACCUAGCCCAGAGCAAGGGAUUCUUCAAGGAAGAAGGCCUCAAGGUCGCUUUGCUCGAGCCUAAUGAUCCCUCCGAUGUCACCGAAAUCAUUGGCAGCGGCAAAGUCGACAUGGGCUUCAAGGCUAUGAUUCAUACCCUUGCUGCCAAAGCCCGCAACUUCCCCGUCACCUCGAUCGGCUCUCUUCUUGACGAGCCCUUCACCGGCGUUGUCUACCUCAAGGACAGCGGAAUUACCGAGGACUUCCGCUCCCUGAAGGGUAAGAAGAUCGGCUAUGUCGGCGAGUUCGGAAAGAUCCAAAUCGACGAACUCACCAAGUACUACGGCAUGACCGCCGACGACUACACAGCCGUCCGCUGCGGCAUGAACGUAACGAAGGCGAUAAUCAACGGAACCAUCGACGCCGGCAUCGGCCUCGAAAACGUGCAAAUGGUCGAACUAGCCGAAUGGCUCGCGACACAGAACCGCCCUCGCUCCGACGUCCAGAUGCUCCGCAUCGACCAGCUCGCGGAGCUCGGCUGCUGCUGCUUCUGCUCGAUCCUCUACAUCGCCAACGACGCCUUCCUCGCCGCGAACCCCGAAAAGGUCGCCAAGUUCAUGAACGCCGUUAAGCGCGCGACGGACUAUGUCCUUGCGAACCCGGAGAGCGCGUAUGAGGAGUAUGUCGAUAUGAAGCCCGUUAUGGGUACGGCUGUGAACCGGAAGAUCUUUGAGCGCUCGUUUGCGUAUUUCAGUCGGGAUUUGAAGAAUGUGCGUCGGGAUUGGGAGAAGGUCACCAACUAUGGGAAGCGCCUGGGGAUCCUCGAUGCGGGGUUCCAGCCCAACUAUACCAACCAGUUCCUUUCUUGGGGGCUUGAUAAGGAUUCGGCUGAUCCUACUGGGGACCAGAAGCGCAUGGCGGCGUUGCAGGAGCAGGUUGCUGCCAAGGGUGGAUUCCAUCGUCUUGAGGUGGCUUCUGCUUAG